UCAUUUUAUGCUGCACUAGCCCAUCCUGUUUCUUUUCAAGUUUGAUUACUCAUCAGUCUGUGUGCCGCCCUCAUGUGAUAACCACGAGCUUUCCUUGCCACCGCACGCUGCUGGCAGUCAGUUACUCCUCCAGAGCACCGAUGGGGGAGAGCACACCUGGAGCACCCUCUUUUUACCCAUCAUCACAGAGAUCCUGUGCUAUUUUGUGAAGGGAGCAAAGCAGCAGCCUCUCAAAGACCGGCCUCGUUCAUCUCAGUUGUCUUUCACCACCCACUCGCCUUAAGGUAGCAUUUUGGUAGGGAGGGAGGGACUGGUGGACCAGUAAGCUGCACUCAUGGUGGUGUGGUGGUGCAGUGACCUUUCCAAACGGGACUGUUUGACUGUGAAUAUCAUCCACAAUCCUGCGUGUAUAAACCUGGCGGUGUGGGGAGCGAGCUGGCCUGCCUGUUGGGAAGAGCUGACUCCAGCUUCAGCACCGUCCCCGCUGAUCGGCGUUUGACUGACCAAGCCAAGCACAGGAGCUGGGUGUCAGCAGCUCACCUUGGAUUUGGGGUGAGAUGGGUGGUGGCUGUUGGCAGGCUGUGGAGACCUGCUCGUGCUUUUCAUUGGAACUACAAAAAUGCCGCGAUGUGUUGGCAUUGCAGUCCGGUUAAAGGAAAGGACGCCAGAAUGAAUUUACCUGGGGGCUAAGGUUGGUUCAGGUGAAAUCCAGAUGAAGUUUCUGGCUUGGUUGUGAAUGUCGAGGACUCAGGUUGUGCCUUUCCCAUGUGUUACGGGAAAAUCAGCUCUUCCACUUUUUUGGUCGUGCUGCUGGCAAAAAGCAAUGAAGAAACCACUCUUCAAAAGCCUUUUCAACCAGAUGUAAGAAUGUCAUUUUGCACAAAGCACGCACUCUCCAGGUUAAUUAACUCGUCGAAGCAUCUUUGUCUUCUAUAUAGCUGACCCUUUAUGCAUUUAAACUGAUGUUCUCUAGCACCACUUUUAAGCGAUGCUUGCAUUUGAUUUAUGGGGGAAAAAGCUGUCAAGAGGAGGGAGAAGGUGUUUAGUGGAACCUGGAUAUUGGUACUUGUCUUGCUUUAAGGUGAGCAGGAUUUUGGCUUAGUUAUGGUUUGUAUUAGUUGGGAGUUGCUUGUCCUUGCUUGGUAAACACAAGUAGGUCUUGUGUGAACUUGAUGUGCACUUGCUUAUAGGUGGCCUACACCAAAAAAACAAAACAAAACAAAAAAACCACCUCCAUCUUUUUUUUGAUCAGUUCGCUAAAGAUCAGGUACUUUAAAUAUUCUGCACCAAGUUAAAGCCACACAGUGUUGCUGUGAAGUUGGAGGAAAUGACUUCUCGCUUCCAGGGCUGCAGGUUGGUUGCAGUGAAUUAAAUUGCAGAGCUGAGCACGAUUAUUUGGACUGUGCCAGCAGCAUAUUGCUUAAAUGAAGAGUGGCUGAGAAGUGUCACUUCCAUUUAGUUUUUGCUGUAGUACGUGAAGAAAAGGUUUCAGCGCGGUUCUUGUGGCUCGUGUACAAGCACAGCAGUUGUCUGCAGAUGCCUGCUCCCAGUGACUUGGACAGCUGCAUUAUUUGCUUUCUUUUAAGCUUGCGUUUUGCUGAGAAGAUUGUUUUUAGUAAAAACAGCUGUAUUGGUCAGCCCUGAGAGGAUCUUACGUUCCUGUCUCGUGUAGUGGAGAGGUACGUGAGGCUGUUAAGCUCAGCUAAAUUCUUGACGUUGCUCUCAGAUGUGCAGAGGAAGCAGGUUUUUCUAAGAUGUUUUUCUUUUCCUUUGCUUUGAAGUCCAGACUAAUGGAAACUUUUUUGAAGGAAAAUGCAAACAAGUGAGAGCAGUGAAUUUCUGACUAAUUUUUCUGUCUGCAGCGUGUUGUGAGGGGGGAGAGCAGUGGUGGCAUUACUUUUCCCCUCUCCUGCCCACCAGCCAGCGUCUUGCAGGGAGGCUGUCUUCCAGCACAUCAUGAUGUCAUUUCAAAACCCAUUUACCUAUCGACCUGAUCAUUGAACCAGCCUGUAGGGAUGGGUGAUCGAUAUAAAUAAAUGGGAUUUGCCCACUAGGAAGGUAAAUUGCUUGAUGCUGAAAAGCCACCAGGCUUCUGCUUCCUCAAAAAUGCCUCUGGCGCUACCAAGCGACUUGGAGAUGAGUCAGUAGGAAGGAAGAGGGGACUGGAAGAACAGACCGACGGUAGGUCUUGGUGCAGCCUCAAGUUUCUGGUGCUUUCUGAAUGGUUUCUGAGUAAUGGCUUGGGCUUGGUGUAAUGAUCAGAGGAGCAGGUGCUGAUGUGGCAGGGCACGUCCUGGAUGUCCUUUUCCAGGUGCUCUGUGCUGGGCAUGGGCCUUAUAGGGGACUGACUUCUCCCUUGAAGUCAGGAUUCCUACAGCUGAGGGUGAUCCACCUUGUUAUUUAUUUAAUUUUUUCCUCCCAGUGGGUGUUGCAUGGAUUUGGCUCUUGUGAAAUUCCUCGUGGCUCUCCUUGAGCCCAUUUGGCUGGCUGCCUGCAGGAGCGGGGAGCCCAGCGGUGGGUUUGUGCUGCCUGGCCCCUGCUGCUACGGGGUGGCUGCUCAUGGGGUUUGGGUAAUGGCUUUCCUGCCCAGUGAACUCGCCUUAAAUAACCCUAAGGAAGCUGCAUGCAGCUGUAGCUGCUACCUAUUCGGGGGUGGUGGGGGGAGCAGCCUCAUUCUCUUUGCUUUUUUGUUACUCUUCAGUGUUUUAGGAGAGUUUGCUUUUUGAGCUGCUUGCGUCUCUGUCAUUGUCACCACUUACCCCGCUAAUCCGAUUCAUAGGCAACUGCCUCCUGCCCCUUGCUCAAGCCUGGGUUGUGUGACACACAAUUGCAGGAUGUGCCGUGGCCGUAAUUGCAGGCAGCGGAUGGGAAAUAGGUUUAGAAGACCUCUGAGCUGCUGCCUCUAAGCACAACUCUUUAAAUGCUUGAAAAGGAGAAGGGGAAAAUCCUUCCUGCAGGAAGGAAGGAAGAGAUGUUUGGAUAUUUUCCAGUUUUACCACGGCUGUUGUGAUGUUUUCCAUGCCAGAGCUUUCGGGAGGAAGGGGACAAGAAUGCGCUUGCUCUUCAGGCCUCGAUGCGUGGCAGAUCUCUUGUAACAGCAGCUAGAAAUGUUUUGGUAUGAGAGGGAUUUUUGUUGAUCUGGGCGAGUUCUCUGCCGCUGUCUGUGCUGACUUUUCACUGAGCCAAAAUUGGGAAGUUUGAGUCCCUCUGUAGGGUGACAGCAAUUCUGUCACUGCUGGUGGAGCUGGCAGAGAUUCCGUCCCUCCCCUGUGUGUUACCAGCAGAAGGGGAUGAAAUGUCACCGUCACUGAAAUGCCACCUGCAGGCAAGCAUGCAGCUAGUGCUGGCAGUGAGCGAGGAGAGGUGUUCCUGGGGACAAGGACGGGGAAGCAUGUGCAAGCCAGGCUUUUGUGCCGGCUAAAGAAAGACUUUGGUGUGCCUCUGGGUUAUUUCUGAGCAUGGGCAGGGUGCUGGGAAAGGGUAAAGCCUCUCUUAAAAAGAGGGGCAGGGAAACGAUGGAGUCAGCUGCGCUCCCGUUCUCAGCUAAAAGUAGGGAGUUGGGGAAUAAAUAAGGUUUUAUUGUUUUCUCAUUUUCAGAAGCAACCCUAACAAGUAGCAUGGAAGAAGGACUGGGGAGGAGCAGGGGGUGUACAGCACCCCCAAACUGCCCUCAGAGCCCUGUAGUCCUGGGUCACCCAGGUGCUGGGUGAACGCGUGGCAGAGCCGGGUGCCGGGGCACAAGGCAGGGCUUUGAAGCGAUCCCUGCACAGGGAGGUGGGCAAAAUGCGAGGAGGGCAGCUCGUGUGUGCAGGUCUUGAGGUAGGAAAGCAACGAGGGCUUUUUCCUCCUCUUGGAAGAGCUCGUUGCCAUGCUUCCUGCAGCUCUCAGGGGCAGCACGUGCGGUGUUUCCCAAGGACUCCCUGGCCACCGGGCAGGUGCCAGUUGGGCUGUGCCACGUUUGCUUUCGCACGGCGCUAUAAAACGGAGGUGCAGAAGCUUUCCCUGCUCCAUCCUGGAAGCCAAAAGCCGCGUGGCUUGGUCUUUCCCUUGGGGGGCUGUCACCAUGUCAGGCCUGAACGUCUCCAUCGCCUUUUUUCUCCUGGUUGUGAGCACAUGCGAGAUGCUCCGGCGGCUUUCCAAGAGGCUGCUGUCUCCUGGGGCGUACUGCUGCCUUGCUGGGGAGCUGACUGGGUCCCUGCAGCUCUGCUCGAGCUGCCUGGAGCUGAGGAUGCUGCUAGAGAUUGGCCCGUGGGGUGGCGGCUUUGGCCCCGACGUGGUCUUCACGCUGCUCUUCCUCCUCUUCAUGGUUCACGCCGCCUCCUUGGAUGGAGCAUCUGCCAACCCCACCGUCUCUCUCCAGGAGUUCCUGCUCCUCGAAUCCGGCCCCGCAGCCACUGCUGCCAAGCUGCUGGCCCAGGCCGUGGGCGUGGGGACAGGCUGGGCCAUCACCAAGCUCUACUGGUCCUGGGAGCUGACCCAGUUCCACCUCAUCCAGAACCUGAUCGCCUCCGAGUGCAGCUCCUCCAUCCGCACCUCGCUCUACCACGGGGCCUUCGUGGAGGGUGCCUGCUCUUUCUUCUUCCACCUCGUGCUUCUCAGGUUGCGGCGGAGCCGCACGGUGUACCGGGCACCUGCCCUGGCAGCCACUGUCACCUUCCUGACCUAUGCAGCUGUGAUGACCACAGGGGCUUUCUUCAACCCUGCCCUGGCCGUGGCCACCACCUUCGCCUGCACAGGGAGCAGCCUGCGGGACUACGUCCAGGUGUACUGGCUGGGGCCCCUCACAGGGAUGCUCGCUGCCCUCUUGCUGUACCAAGGCAACAUCCCAAGACUCUUCCAAAAAAACCUGCUUUACAGCCAGAAGAGCAAAUACAAGAUACCCAAGGCACGGCUGGCGCAUGCGGAGGGUGGAGACGAGCGGUGGAAGGGGAAAGGCGAGAAGAGCAACCCUGCGCCUCGUGCCUGAGCCCCUGCAGCCCUGCUGCUGGGAGGGGGACUCCUGGCACGGAGGAUUUUGCACACCCAAGUCUGCAGUGCUGUCCCCGGGGGGGAAACUAAUGUAUCUGUACAAAUUGCUGUCUUGUGUACACAGGAAGCUUACAGAAACUAGGGACCACUACACGGGCGUGCUUGAGCAGCCUCCAGGUUGUUGCAUCACUUGGAAUAAUCCAACUGUGCCUCCCGCAGCCAUAAAAACGGUGUAAACCUGUAACCAUGUUUCAGGCUUUGGAAACUUGGGCUGAGGAGGAAGGUAUCGGUGAAGGGGUGCACAGGGUGCCCGUGGUUAGCAGACGUGGCACUGGUACGGGUUGGGGGACCCAGCCCUGGGCCGCUGUCCGUGGCUACGUGCAAUGCCCCCAAGGAAACGAGGCGUUGUGACGUGAAAUAAAUGUGAUUGCGUUGA